AUGUCCUCAAGCCCAGCGACCCCCUACCCGCGGCCGAAGCCGGAGGACGACCCGGAGGUCGUGUUCUUCAUCCAGACGGGCAGGAUAAUGGAAGACGAGCCUCACAUCAUCAUCCACAACCCCGAGACGGGGUGCCGCGGGCUGUGCUUCGAGAGCGGGGAACGGUUCGUCUUCCGCCACGGCCUGAUGGGGGCCGCGGGCGCGUGCCGGUGUCUCGUCAAGGGCGAGCCCGGCACCCAGACGACCGAGAUCCCCCCGUACCUCGACGCCCACCGGCUGUGGCUCUGCACCUGCCACCCGUUCUUGAUGAAGCGCGGCCUGGCCGCCAUCGCUACCAUGAAGCUCUUCCUGGGCAUCGAGGUGCCGGACGUGUUUCGGGUCGAGCCCUAG